CUGACAAAAAUUUUAUUGUAAUCGUUCAAUUCUCAUAUCUUAGGAAACUAAACCUUUUAUGCCAAAGUUGUGUUAGUUUUUAUAAUCAGUCCCGGAGAGUUUAUUUGGUUCUUCAUAUUACAACACUUUGUAUUAUUAUAUGGGGGAGAGUUCAGUUCAAAGAGAGUGAUAUGGGUAUGUCAUGUGGCACACAUGUGAGAAAUGAGAAACGCAUACAAAGAUUUUGACAGAAGGCCUGAGAGAAUGAGACAAUUGUGGAGAUGGAUUUUAAAGGUACAAUUAUGGGGGUUUUGGAAUGGGUUUGUUUGUGUCAGGAUGCAAAGUCAUGAUGGGCACGUGUGGACACAGUAAUGAGAGCUUAGGUUCCAUAAGGAGCAGAUACAUAUUGUCUCUACUUCCACAGGGACCACAGGUUUCUCAGUAAAGUCCCUGCAUUAUGAACUUACCAGUUGCUAAGAUUAUGAAGUCUGCAGAGAAGAAAUCUGUACAGAGCAGCUGUUAUGGGUUAGAUGUAAUGAAAAACAGCUACAGCAAGGAGAGCAUGUAUUGUGUCAUGUAGGGUGUUGUGCAUGCAUGACUGAUAGAAGAUGUGAUUCCUUUACAGAACUACAAAUUCAGAGAAGGUUUUAGUGGGUCCACAUGGUGAGACAUACCCAGCAAGUCAUGAUGCAAACCAGGCCAUGAAUAUAAAAGCUGAGGAAGUGGAUCCUGUGCAAAUAACAGUUCAGGAAGUAAAGGCUGAACCUGAGAACUCAGCAAAAUUGGAGAACGCUUCAGUGGGUCCAUAUGGUGAGACAUACCCAACACCUCAUGAUGCAACUCAGGCCAUGAGUGUAAAGGCUGAGGCAGUCUCAGAUGCAGAAGAGGAAAAGGAUCCUGUCCUAAUAACAUUUCCGGAAAUAAAGGCUGAACCUGAGAACUCUACAAAUAUGGAGAACGCUUCAGUGGGUCCAUAUGGUGAGACAUACCCAACACCCCAUGAUGCAAAUCAGGCCAUGACUGUAAAAUCUGAGGCAGCCUCAGAUGCAGAAGAGGAAAAGGAUCCUGUCCUAAUAACAUUUCCGGAAAUAAAGGCUGAACCUGAGAACUCUACAAAUAUGGAGAACGCUUCAGUGGGUCCAUAUGGUGAGACAUACCCAACACCUCAUGAUGCAAAUCAGGCCAUGAAUGUAAAAUCUGAGGCAGUCUCAGAUGCAGAAGAGGAAAAGGAUCCUGUCCUAAUAACAUUUCCGGAAAUAAAGGCCGAACCUGAGGGUAAUUUGAAUGAACUUCAACCCGUACAUGGUGAGGAUCGACAAUAUUCCUGUGAUGAGUGUGGUGAAUCAUUCAGUCAGCAGGUAAUUCUGAGAGCACAUCAGCGCAUACAUACUGGGGAGCGGCCGUUUUGCUCUGGUGUGUGUAGUAAGUCAUUCAGUCAGCAAAACCAUCUGAAGAACCAUCAGCGCAUACAUACUGGGAAGAAGCUGUUUUGUUGUGAUGUAUGUAAAAAGUCAUUCACUGAUCAGAAGAGUCUGAAGAGACAUCAGCGCAUACAUAGUGGGGAAAAGCCGUUUUGCUGUGGUGUGUGUAGUAAGUCAUUCAGUCAGGAGGGUAAUCUGAAGCAGCAUCAGCGCAUACAUACUGGGGAGCGGCCGUUUUGCUGUGGUGUGUGUAGUAAGUCAUUCAGUCGGCAGAGUCAUCUGAAGCAACAUCAGCGCAUACAUAGUGGGGAAAAGCCGUUUUGCUGUGAUGAGUGUGGUGAAUCAUUCAGUCAGCAGGUAAUUCUUAGAGCACAUCAGCACGUACAUACUGGGGAGUGGCCGUUUUGCUGUGGUGUGUGUAGUAAGUCAUUCAGUGGCCAGAGUAAUCUGAAGGCACAUCAGCGCAUACAUAGUGGGGAGAAGCCAUUUUGCUGUGAUGUAUGUAAGAAGUCAUUCAGAUGUACCAUACAUUCAUCGCUCAAUAACUUUGCAUCAGCAGAGCUCUUCCUCACAUGUCAUCACACGUUAGCUGUCACUGCAUCACCAGAACGGAUCCUGCUCCAUGGUCCUGGAAUUUGUGUUCCACUUUGUGUGUCUUUGCCAUAUAAAGUAGUGGGUAGCAUGCGAAUGGAUUUGCAAGUUGCAGUUGUCCUCAGAAAACAACUAAAGAAUAACCCGGAAAGAGUCAUUCAGUACAGCUGGUGUCCCCCCAGCGAUCAACUGGAGCGUUUGAAUCUGAGUAUAGAGAGCAACCACUGCACGAAUAUACUCGUCACAUCAUCAAAUUGUUUCAUGCCUCUAAUGUUCAUUGUUGAAUUGGAUGAUAAUGAAGUCUGGUUGUGCCAUGUGUGUACCUAUAUUACUUGUAUAAACCAUGUGGAACAAAAGGAUGUGGGGGUUGUGUCCAUUUCACUGUCACUGUGCUCCAACUGUUUUCAUGUCAUGUCAUAUGCUAACAGCAGAGAACAGUUCUUCCUCCUUAACACUGUGGGGUUGAAUGGCAUUCAUCCUUCAAGUGCCAUCAGGACAUAUGGUCGAAGUUUUGUUCUUUGCAAGACCAUUCAUGUGUUUGGAAAUAUGCUCUCCUCCUCAAUGAGAGGAGGUGUUGGUCUGUCUGAGUAG